AUGAGAUCUAGGCUCGAAUUCGAGCAAUUGGUGGAAUCGAUGGAGCAACAGCAAUCCUCUGCCGCUGCUACUAAUCAAAAUCAGUUCAAAGACAUUGUGUUAGCCAUAGAAGAAAAUAAUGAGAUUUUAAGGAGUAAUCUAUGCGGUGAAGAUGGAAUUGUGUAUGCCAUAUGUGAGCUCCAAAAUGAGUGUGAUUCUCGGGGUUCCUUAAUUUUAAAGAAAUACAUGGAAUAUCGGAAAUUGGCUAAGUUGACAUCCGAAAUUAAUACUUACAAGAGUAACUUACUUUCUGUUGGAGUCCAAGGACCUGACCCAAGGGAGAUCGAAUUGUAUUUGGAAGAGAUUUUGCAAUUGACACAGUUGGGUGAGGACUACACUGAUUAUAUGGUGUCCAAGAUAAGAGGUUUGAGUUCAGUUGAUCCGGAAUUGCUUCCCCGAGCAACCAGGGCUUUUAGGAGCGGAAAUUUCAGUAAAGUUGUUCAGGAAAUUACGGGUUAUUAUGUGAUUUUGGAGGGGUUCUUCAUGGUGGAAAAUGUGAGGAAGGCUAUUAGCAUUGAUGAGCAUGUACUUGACAGCCUCACAACGUCCAUGGUGGACGACGUGUUCUAUGUUCUGCAGAGUUGCUGCAGGAGGUCGAUAUCCACGUCUAAUAUUAACUCAGUGAUUGAGGUACUGAGCAGUGCUGUGAGUUUGUUGGGUGGCGAGUAUAAUGAAGCGUUGCAGCAGAAAAUGAGGGAGCCUAACCUUGGAGCGAAGCUGUUCAUGGGUGGUGCUGGCGUGCAAAAGACUGGGACAGAAAUUGCAACAGCUUUAAAUAACAUGGAUGUCAGUUGCGAUUAUGCACUGAAACUACGGCAUGAGAUUGAAGAUCAAUGUUCAGAGGAGAGGGAAAAUAGGGCAUGGGUUGAGGUUCUCAAACCCAAAGAUGCUAAGACUUUUAAGGGUCAUGAAGUUCUAUUAAAAGAAGAAGAAAGAUGGAGAUGUGUUCUGGUAUGUGUUAGGGACUAUAUAUGUGUCUUGGAAGAUAAUACAAACUUCUUUGUUAAGGUUCUGAAAAUGAUUAUAAGGUUACGAGCUUUUCAAGCGGAUAAAGCUAUCUUCUUUUGUGAAGAUAGCUUGUAG